AACAUGGACACUACCAACCCGAUCAUCUCCACCCUUCUACCCUCCCUCCUCACAACACCCCACCUCAAACUCCUAACCCUCCUCCUAACCCUCACACUCCCUAUCCUAACCCUUCUCUACAUCCACCAUGACUACUGCGCCUUCCUUUCUCUUGGCCCUGGCGGCACGCCCUCCACCCCCCUCGGGUACCUAAAAAUCAAACUGCUCUCUAUCGUCUCCCUCCGUAACCCUUACCGCCCGCUCCCUGUACCAGCCUACUUCCGCCCACAAAGAGGCUACCUCUCUACCUCAUGUAGCCUCACAAAACGCGAAGGCAGAAGACCCAUCGUUCGCGGCAUCGCCCCGCAACGACAACAAACACAAAAAUCACCCGUUACCAUAUACGCAACCUUGGUUUCCGAACUCCACACUCUAGCGCGGGAGCCACGAAACCAAUUAGUAGAACGGACAUCCUGUUUCGAGAAGCAUUCCUCUGGGCUUUUCGCCAGCACGCCGAUUACGCGGACGUGUGGCGGGGAGAUAUGUCAUGCACACCCGAGCGACGGGUCGUUGCAUAUGACGCUGCAUCCAGCAGACGCGAAGAUUGUGCUUGAGAGUGGGUGGGGAGAGAGACAUCCGUUGGCAAAAGGGGGGUGGUUUAGGCGGUUUGUGCCUAGAGAGUUUGUGUUGGUGUAUGCGCCGAGGGAUGAGGGUGAGGUGGAGAUUGUUAUACGCAUUGUGCAAGCGGCAAUCUGGUGGGUUAGUGGGGUUGAUGCGCAAGGAGGGGGUAGUGGGGAUAGAGUCAAGGGAAAGGAUCGGGGUGUUGGUGAAGAGGAUUUGCUGAGAACCAGCAAAGAGAACGAGUGUUGGGCUUGUAGAGUGCAUGGGUGUGGAAGAAAGGGAGUUGAAAAAUUGGUUGAGAGAACAUGAAUGAUUCCAAACACGAUUUGAACAGUUUGGCAAAUGCGCUGUUGGUGAGAGAUGUUAGCGGGUGGGUAAAAAGAAAU